AUGGGUCGCAAGGCGUCCAAGCAGCUCGAGGACCAGCGACGCGACUACGUGGAGAGCAAGGGCCUGCUCUCCGGCGACAUUCGGAAUGACCUCAGCGACGUCGACCGCGAAGGCGGCGCAAGGCCGGCUGCUCUGCGUGCUUCAUCCUUCAUCUUCCACCUUAUAACCGGCGUCUUUGCGAGGGCGUGGUACGUAGAGCUGCCCCCACCACAAAACAGCUAUACCAUACAAGACACGGGCGACCUGCGCUCGAACGACACGCAUGAAUUCAGGUGGACGGUGCUCAUUGUGUCGAUAGACGGGCUAAGCAGGGCGGACUACCUGGACCGCAGCCUCACUCCACACCUCCUCGACAUCAGAAAGCAGGGCUUGCGCGCCAAGUCCAUGACGCCUAUCUCUCCACUGGGCCAUAAUGUGAGAUCGCUUGGGCCACCCUACAUGAAUAGCCUUUAUGCCCCCUGCAGGACUGGCCUGCAAGCUGAGAGCCAUGCAAUCGUUGCGAAUAACUUCUGGGAUCCGUCCUUGAAGACUGAGUUCAAGUACAACUCCGCUGCUGCAUCCUGGGACCCCGCGUGGUGGUACGGCGAGCCCCGAGAACAUAGCAUUGGCGCUCCUCAGGUACUCACUGCGACGCAGGCCCGGCCCUCCGAAGAUGGCCUCUGGCGCCAGUCCGACGUACUUCGAGCCCUGGAGAGACAAGGUGCCGCUCCAGGAGAAGCUAGACCAGAUCUUAGAGUGGAUAGACCUGCCUUUGAAGGAGCGACCACAGCUUAUCAUGGCGUACGAGCCAUCUCUCGACCUAUGUCCGCGCUUGUGAACAAAACCUUCGGCUACGUCGACACCUUCGCGAAAGAUCUCGCUACCUCCCUUGCCGCGCGCAAUCUCACCUCCAUCGUCGACGUCGUCUUCAUCUCAGACCACGGCAUGACCGACACCUCCAACCCCGAAUUCAUUUACGUCGACGACAUCCUCGGGUCCGACGGCAUGAAGGCCAUCGCGCACGUCGAUGGCUGGCCGAGCAUGGGCAUCCGCUGGAAGGAGGGCGCGAGCGUGACCGAGUAUCUCGGCCGGCUGGAGAAGGCCGCCGACGCGCUCGAGGACGGCGCGUUCGACGUGUUCACGCACGAGACGAUGCCGCAGCGGUGGUACUUUGCGGGUAUCGACCGGAUUGCACCGGUGUAUGUCGUCCCGGAGAUGGGCUACGCGCUCACGACGCACGAGGAGGGCGAGGACGGGAUGUGCGAGGGGAACCACGGCUACGACAACCGCGAGCAGUCGAUGCACGCCGUGUUCGUCGCGCACGGGCCCUUCACCACCGUCAUCAAGGCCCUGCAUCAGAGUCGGGAUACCCUCGCGCGCCGCUGGCUCUCCCGCCCGAACAAGGGAUGGCACAUCACGGGACACCUUCGCGAACGUCGAGAUCUACAACCUCGUGCUGAAGCUCUUGGGCGUAGAGGCUCUCAAGGCGCCGACUAA